UCUAAGUUUUUGGUGAUUUCAUCCCUAUAUCAUCUCCCUCGUUGGAAGAGUUCAAUUAAACGGUGUAAAGCUAAUUUGUACCACGGCUAUAAUGUUAGCAAUCCGGAAGAAAAUGGCGUUUCAAACGUAUUUCAGACAUGUUGUGACGAUAUGGCAUUCCACCUUAAGAUAUCAAAACCUCACAAAUGGAUUAAAAUUUCUAUAUUAUAUUUCAGAUUUACGCUAGUGAAGAGUCAAUACAUAUGAAGUUAACAAUGGACCCUCCAAACAGUGCCCAAGAUGUUGUACGCUGUUCGCUGUGUAACUUUUCUCUGGCUCUCAUGUACUGUCACGUUUGUCAACUAAAUGUUUGUAAGGAUUGCGUUGUCAAUCAUAUCUCCGAUGAAUCAAAAUACCACAAUGUGGUGCCGCUUAAACAAAGGGGGUCCACCCCUAAUUAUCCAAAAUGUCUAACCCAUACAUCAAAACAGUGCGAACUUCACUGCAAACAGUGUAAUAUUCCUAUUUGUGUCCAGUGUGUGUCUUCUACAGUACACAAGGGUCACGAAUUUGUUGAUGUGGUGAAAGCGCAUGUAUUUAAAAAAGAGUUUAUAAGGAGAGAUUUACAAGAAUUGGAGAAAUCGAUUUUUCCUCAACAUGAAAAGUUAGCGUGUAUGAUUUUCAAUCAGUAUAUUGAUCUGAACGAACACUCUCGAAAGUUGAAGAAAGCUAUCUACGAACAUAGAGAUUAUUUGCACAGACAAAUAGACUUUGUUGCUAACAGUAUGGAGUUAGACCUUGAAGAGAUGAAUUGCAAAUAUCUGACAAUCCUGCAUAAACAACAGUCUGAAAUUGAAUUCCAAAUUUCGAAAAUCAAACGUUGCAUGGCUCAAUUAAAGACACUACUGGACUCAAAUGAUAUAAGCCUUGUCUCUUCUUACAAAUCAAUAAAUGCUAAAUUUAGAAAAUUACCCCCUACAGUCAAAGUAGUUUUACCUCAGUUCAUCCCUGACGAAAUCAACAAAGAUAGGAUUUAUAAAAAAUUUGGCUCAUUAUCGCCAUUACAUUUUACAACAGAAGAAAGAAUCUACAAAAAUCAGACCCUAUCAGCUGCGUUGUCUCCCACGGAUAUACAGCUGAUAUGUGUACCACUUACCAUUGCAACUAUACCUACUGAAAUUGAUGAUCUAACCAAUGUGGCCUAUCUAGGAGAUGAGAACCUUUGGACUAGUGGUCAGGGCAACAAAAUGAUGCUAUAUAACCUUCGUGGGGAAUUAGAAAGGUCAAUCCGAACCAAGUCACAGAACUGGCCAGAAGACAUAGCGGUGACAACGAAUGGGGAUUUAGUUUAUGCUGAUUACAAGGACAAAACUGUUAACAUAGUAAAGAAUACAUUGAUACAGACAGUGAUCAGACAAUUGGAAUGGGGACCUAUUAAUGUUUGUUGUACCUCCUCUGAUGACCUUUUGUUUGUCAUGAUUAAUAAUGAUGAAAAACAAACAAAAGUUGUGCGUUAUUCGGGUUCCAAAGCAACACAACAUAUUCAAUAUAAUAACAAAGGACAGUCUUUGUUUUCAUCUGGUAACAGUACAAAACACAUCAGCGAGAACAAUAAUCAUGAUAUAUGUGUGUCUGAUAAUGGGGCAUGUGCAGUCGUGGUGGUCAAUAAGGAAGGGAAAUUACGGUUUAGGUACACUGGCUCAGGCUUUUCAGGGGUUUUAAAGAAAUACCACAUUGGUCCCGCAGCCUAUUAUAGAAAUACCUCUAUUUUUACUCCUGUUGGUAUUACUACAGACAGCCAUAGUAGGAUCCUUACAACGGAUCUUUCCAACAGCUCUAGUAUCCCAGUCCAAGACAUUGGUCUGAAUAACAUCUUCAAGAAAUUGACAACGACUCUUAAUAAACAAGGAGAAAACUUGCACAGAAAAGUAGACUCCGUCAAAAGGAAGUCCGACCUUGAUGAAAUACACUCCAAUUGUCUUUCUAUAUUGGAGAAACGAAAAGUUGAAAUUGAACACAACAUUACUGAUAUAUCACUGAGCAUUGCUUAUCUAAAGAAAUUACUGGAGUCCGGUGAUUUUAUUCCUACAAAGAACUACAAAUCCAGGAAUUCGGAUUUCAGAAAAAAAUUACAUCCUGAAGUCAAAUUAAUUUUACCUGAAUUCAUCACUGAGGAACUGGACAGAGAGCAAAUUUAUCAUCAGUUCACUUCUCUGUUUGAGUUAUCGUUUAGAACAAAAGAAACCUCAGGAGCUGAGUCGUCCCCGACAGGCAGACCACUGAUGGAGGAACCAUUGACCAUUACAUCUCUCAAUAUAAUAAAACAUAGAAGCAGUUCAGGGGGUUCCUUAAUCGACGUAGCCUGUGUGGGAGAUGAAAACAUUUGGAUCGCUGGUGAAGACAUGUGGUUUCAUAUGAUGUUGUACACUCUCCAGGGGGAACUGUUAAAGUCGGUCCAAACCAUGUCCGGAUACAAGCCAGUCGGCAUAGCAGUGACAAAGGAUGGAGAGCUGGUUUAUGCUGAUGGAGAUGAUCGGACCGUGAACAUAGUAAAGAAGAAUACACAAAUUCAGACAGUAAUUAGACUAGAGGGAUGGACACCUGCCAACGUCUGUAUUACAUCAUCUGGUUACCUCCUGGUUGUCAUGUACAGUGAUGAUGGAGAACAAUCAAAAGUCUCGCGUUACAAUGGUUCCACUGAGUUCCAAAGCUUUCAAUAUGAUGAUGAAGGACAACCUCUCUAUUCAUCUGAAUCUUGCUUAAAAUACAUCUGCGAGAACAGGAACCUAGAUAUCUGUGUGUCAGACGAUGAAACCGCUGCCGGUACAGUGGUGGUGGUCAAUCAGGCCGGGAAACUCCGGUUUAAAUAUAGUGGUUCUUCCCGUACUACGAAGGGUUCAUUUAGGCCAUUCGGCAUCACAACAGACAGCCAGGGGCGGAUCCUGGUAGCAGACGUUAAGAACCACUGUGUUCACGUACUUGAUCAGGAUGGACAGUUCCUCUGCUUAAUUGACAAUUACGAUUUAUUUGAGCCGCGUGGCUUAUGUGUAGACACAAGGGACAAUCUUAUUGUGGCUGAAAAUAAGCCAUGUCGAGUGAAGAAAAUCCAAUAUUGCAUAUGAAUAUUUUAACACUUAUUAUAUACAGUGUAUAUAUUAUAAUAUGUAAAAUUUCCUCUAUUUAAACAAUUGUUUCUUUGUUGCCUUAUUUAGGUUUAAGACAUGGCAAAACACAAUACAUGACCCCGUAAUGUUUAUAUCCAUGACUGGUCCCGAUAUCUGAACUAUAGAAAUGCCUUGAUGUGAAUAAAAACAGACAUCCCAUUAAGAUUUACCGAUUAUCAGCAUAUAUCAUUACAUGAGAUCCACGAAGAAAUUCACUCCUUAUCAGAAAUUAGAAUGGUUGCAUGGUAAAUUAAAAAAAAUGUACCACUGGAUUUU